AUUUUGCGAACGCACCACUUCAGAGCUCAGUUGUGGGACGCGCUCCUCAGCUACUAACUUACUGCUUUUUAUAAUCAACUUUCUCUCUCUCGAUACGAAGUACGCGUGCUGCGCUUACGAACUUUUUUUCGAAGUUGAUUGCUGUGUUUUAGUCGGUCGCUAUAGUGAUAGUGGACAGUUGAGACAACUUGAGUGAAAAAAAAAACAAUAGUUUUUAAUAGUUCGUUCUUUGAAAUAAUUCGUUUGCUGGUACAGGUAACAUAACGCUUAUUUUAUAAAUGAGAUCGGAUAUGUUUGCCUAAUUUACGAUGGCGACUCAUCCGAUAACUACAAAUAUGGCGGAAAACGAUAAUUUAAUCCAAAAACCGCCGAAAAAGAAUCCGAAGAAAAAAUCUACCGCAAAAUCAACAAAAUCAGAACAGAAUAACAAUGAAAAUCGCGUUCGCGUCAAUUCAGAUAACAAAGAAGACAUGUUAUUAAACUAUCAACCGUGGGUAAUACAAACUUACGGAGAUCUUGCUAAAACAAAGACAAUAACGUUGAAAAAAUACGCGAGAAUUUUACGUACUCUUAGAGGUGAGGAAAUCGUAAGCGCAGAUAAUAGUAAAUUUCGGUUUUGGGUGAAAGCGAAGGGCUUUUGUGUGGGACAGCCAGUCGGUUACGAUGCUAAACCGGCUGACGGAAUCGUCGGUAGAUUCAGUGUUUGUGAUAUGGAUGAUGGAAUUCCACCAGUCAAUGAAAAACUUUCAGGAAGUGCCAAGGAUCCCCCGUUGUAUGUUCCGAAUGCUCCGUUUAAGAAUUCAACAGGAGAUCCGGUGUACAGAAAAGUGGCCGUUGUAGAAAAUUUCUUCGACAUUAUAUAUAACGUACACGUUGAUUUGGAAGGAAGACCUGGAAAACAUGCAGGACAAAAGCGAACUUAUAGAACAAUAACAGAGACGUAUGCGUUCCUACCGAGAGAAGCCGUCACCCGUUUCCUGCUCGGAUGCACCGAGUGCCAGAAACACCCUCGAUCACCUUCACCCACGUCACUCUUACCUACACCCAGCCCCAGCCCUACGCUACCUCCAGCAGUGGCACCUUUACAACAGAUGGGAACAGCCUUAGGAACUACUCCCCCAGCACCCCGAGUAGCAACGCCCAUGGUAAUUAAUACAACGCAACAAGACGACGAAAGCGGUUACAGGAUAAAAAAUGGAGGUUUAUCAGCAUCAUGCAGUCCACUCCAAGCAGAUCACCCUCACCAACAAUCAGAGACUAAUAUAACGUUAAAAAAACCGAUUGCCGCACAAACGAGUAAUCCGGAACCUUUGAGAAGGUCAAAUAAUCCUUUGGACGUAUGUAACUUAACCUCAAAAGACCCACCUCGCAGUCCCGCGAAAAGACGUUACCAAGAUGCCGCUCCGAAACUUUGGUCGCCUGUGGCCGAUCUCGAUAGUGACGAACCCCAAAAGAAAAAGUUGUUACUUAGCGGUGGUGAUAUCGACUACUCGUUACCUAUUACGACGACGUAUUUGAAAUACAUGCGGAGUUUAGGAUGUCGAGACGAGGAUGCUUUCAAAUUCGAUAACAAACACGUGAGUCUUGUUAUUGAUAAAUUUUUUAACGAUAUAGUUACAUUUUAUUUCCAUUGAUAUUUCAAUUUUUUUUUGGUAAUUAUGGAAUGUUUAACAGGAAAAAAUAUGGACUUUCGUCCCAGUCAAAAAAUGAAAGUGAUUGAUCUUACUUCUACAUAAAAAUUAUUCAAGAUCAAAUAUUACAAAUAUUGUUUUUCCCACAAAGUUGCCAUACUUUUCCUUGGCAACUAGUUUUUACCUGAAUAGUCCAUUUGUAGGCAAAAAUUUUAUCCGCUACGUUGUAUGGCAUACUUCACGCAUUAUCCGAUAAAUUCUCC